GUUAAGAAUGUGUAUAUAUUUGUAGGUACCUAAGGUACCUAUGUAUGGUAUAUAUAUCUGUCUGCGUUAAGCUCUUAUAUCAUACCAGAUACCAACGUUACUCCCCCUAUUACCCGAAACCCCUCCUCACCUCAUCUAUCCAUCCUAUCUACCCCCAUACUCUACCCCACCACCACAUCAACAUCCACCACCAUCACCAACUCCCAAAUCAAAAAAAAACCAAAAAAAUGUCUUCCGCCUCAUCCACGCCCCAGAGCCACAAAUCCAGCAGCAAGAGCAAGCCAUCCAAACCGUCAUCCGCACGCCCACCCCACUCCCCGCCCCUCUUCACACCACGCAUGCAAGACGCGCAGGCGCGGAACAAGGACCCUUAUGCGUCGUCGUCUAGUGAGGGCGGGGUCGGCAGCGGCAGCGGGAGGAGAUACGAUGCAUACGGCAACGAUACCUACGAGAACAUAACCAAGCGCCGCGAAGCGGCUAUUAUCCUCGACAGUCCCGAGUUAUUGAUGAUGCAUGCGCAGGCUCGGAAUGAUAGUAUUCCUGGGACGCGCCACUAUUUCACGAAGCAGCUGUGCGGGUUCCUGGAUGAGGAAGAGAGGGAAGAGGAAAGGGAGAGGACGAGGAAGGGAGGAAAGGGGAAGGGGCUGGGGUAGAGUGGUUUGGUUUGGACGCUUAGAUUUUGUGUGAGAGGGAAGUGGGGGUUUCUUCUUGAUCGUGAUGAUGGAGUUUGGGAGGGAUUUGCGUAAGGUCUUCUAGAUGCAGAUGUAGCAUCUAGUAGGAGGAAUCCAAGUAUUGGACGAAAGAAUUACU